CUCAGUUCGCAAUCGCCACCCGUGCCUUCAAGUUGCCCGUCGAACGAUGGCCAAUUUCAGUGCUCACCAACUGUCGAAUCCCCGGGCGAAUGUCUUUAUCCUGGUCAAUUUGGGUUGCGAGAUGCUCUACGUGAUCGAUCAGAGGCUGAAGGCACAGCAGAUUGCACAGGACAAGUCGAUUCAGGUUAUCCACGACGUGACCACCGUCCUGCUUGAGCCAAAGUUUAUUAACUCUCUUCUUGAGGGAUCGAAACACAAUAAUGCCCAGCUCCUGACCGCUGAUCAUUGUAAAUUCAUGCUCAAUGACAUAGCGACCUGUUCUUUAAUGAGACUCGAUGAGCAGUCUAUGUCAAAGCUAUGGAAUCUCAUGACCAUGGUCUAUAAAUGGCAGUUGUUCGUAUCCCGCCAUCGUCACCAUCUGCUCGAGAUAACGUUUCGGCACUUGGAUGCUGUCAACAGGUUGUAUGCAGAUGCCAAAAUUAAUAUGCUGAUUGACUUUACGAAAAAUACGCUUCUGGACUUUUGGAAUGCGAGCGGGGAGGAGGCUCAACUGUCUAUCUAUCAAACAAAUCGGGCCUGGCUGCAGUGCUUUAACACGAAGAUAUCUUUGUUGAUUCGAUUGGGAUUUCAGGCCAUGGACGGGAGUUACUUUAAGGAUGUAGAUCAGGAUUAUUUCACGGAAUACGUUGAAACAGCCGGCGACAAUAUAUAUGCAAAGAGUGCAGAGCAGCGGGAAAGACAGGAACGGGAGCCAAACAGAAUGGAUCAACUGGCUGCUCAACUAAAUAUUAAUCCACCACAAGGCGAGGAUUUGCAGCCCAUCAAUGCCCGUCAGUUUCAGCAGCAGUUUGAACAGACAUUUGGAAAUGUACUUUUUAAUGACCCAGUAGCCAGCUCAUCCGGUUGUGAAUUCGUUCAGCUUCAGCCAUUGAGUCCAUCCUCAGAAAAAGAGGCAACGACGAUGUCCAGGACCGGGGGAGCCUUGCUGAACCAGAACCUGCUCGACUUGUACAGCAAAAUGCCUUAGA